CCUUAAAUUGGAGUGUGAGAAACUGGCAAGCGAAAAGACAGAAAUGCAGAGGCACUAUGUGAUGUAUUAUGAAAUGUCGUAUGGAUUAAACAUUGAAAUGCACAAACAGACAGAAAUUGCCAAGAGAUUGAAUACAAUUUGUGCACAAGUCAUCCCAUUUUUGUCUCAGGAACAUCAGCAACAAGUGGCCCAAGCUGUAGAACGUGCCAAACAAGUGACCAUGGCUGAGCUGAAUGCCAUCAUCGGGCAGCAGCAGUUGCAGGCUCAACAUCUCUCCCAUGGCCAUGGACCUCCAGUGCCUCUAACACCGCAUCCAUCAGGACUCCAGCCUCCAGGAAUCCCCCCACUCGGAAGCAGUGCUGGUCUUCUUGCCCUUUCUAGUGCUUUGGGUGGGCAGUCUCACUUGGCAAUAAAAGAUGACAAGAAGCAUCACGAUGCAGACCACCACAGAGAGAACAAAACAAGUAACUCUCUUUUGGUCCCGGACAGUCUGCGAAGCACAGAUAAACGCAGGAAUGGCCCUGAAUAUACCAAUGACAUCAAAAAGAGAAAGGUGGAUGAUAAGGAUUCCAGCCACUAUGACAGUGAUGGGGACAAGAGUGACGAUAACUUGGUUGUAGAUGUAUCCAAUGAGGAUCCUUCUUCCCCAAGGGCAAGUCCGACUCAUUCACCACGUGAAAACGGUAUAGAUAAAACCCGCCUGUUAAAGAAAGAUGCCUCUAGCAGUCCGGCAUCUACGGCCUCUUCAGGAAGUUCCGCUUCCCUCAAAUCCAAAGAAAUGAGCCUGCAUGAAAAAGCCAGCACGCCUGUUCUGAAAUCCAGCACACCGACUCCUCGAAGUGAUGUGCCAACCCCAGGCACUGGUGCAACUCCAGGACUUCGUCCAGGCCUUGGCAAGCCUCCAGCAAUGGACCCUCUGGUUAACCAAGCUGCUGCAGGUUUGCGGACACCGUUGGCAGUACCAGGACCGUACCCUGCUCCAUUUGGAAUGGUACCUCAUGCUGGCAUGAAUGGAGAGUUAACCAGUCCAGGCGCAGCCUAUGCCAGUUUGCACAAUAUGUCACCCCAGAUGAGUGCUGCAGCUGCUGCAGCUGCUGUGGUUGCCUAUGGAAGAUCUCCUAUGGUUGGGUUUGAUCCUCCUCCUCAUAUGAGAGUACCUGGAAUUCCUCCAAAUCUAGCAGGGAUUCCUGGGGGAAAACCAGCCUACUCCUUUCACGUUACUGCAGACGGUCAGAUGCAGCCAGUUCCUUUCCCUCCUGAUGCCCUCAUUGGUCCAGGAAUCCCUCGCCAUGCUCGUCAGAUCAACACUCUGAACCAUGGGGAAGUUGUGUGUGCAGUUACCAUCAGCAACCCCACGAGACACGUAUAUACAGGUGGGAAAGGGUGCGUCAAAGUCUGGGACAUCAGCCAGCCUGGCAACAAGAGCCCUGUCUCCCAGCUGGACUGCCUGAACAGAGAUAACUACAUCCGUUCUUGUAAAUUGCUGCCUGAUGGAUGCACACUAAUAGUUGGUGGAGAAGCCAGCACAUUAUCCAUAUGGGACCUGGCAGCACCAACUCCUCGUAUAAAAGCAGAGCUGACAUCCUCAGCCCCUGCCUGCUACGCUCUGGCUAUCAGCCCUGAUUCCAAGGUGUGCUUUUCAUGCUGCAGUGAUGGGAACAUCGCAGUGUGGGAUCUGCACAAUCAGACGUUGGUCAGGCAAUUCCAGGGCCACACAGAUGGAGCCAGCUGUAUUGACAUUUCUAAUGAUGGUACCAAGCUCUGGACAGGAGGUUUGGAUAACACUGUCAGAUCCUGGGACUUGAGAGAAGGGAGACAGCUACAACAGCAUGACUUCACAUCACAGAUAUUUUCCCUUGGUUAUUGUCCUACUGGUGAAUGGCUAGCUGUGGGAAUGGAGAGCAGCAAUGUAGAAGUGCUACAUGUAAACAAACCAGACAAAUAUCAACUGCACCUUCAUGAGAGUUGUGUAUUGUCACUCAAGUUUGCUUACUGUGGUAAAUGGUUUGUCAGUACUGGGAAAGAUAACCUUCUUAAUGCAUGGAGAACACCUUAUGGAGCCAGUAUCUUUCAGUCCAAAGAAUCUUCGUCAGUGCUUAGCUGUGACAUCUCUGUGGAUGAUAAGUACAUAGUCACUGGCUCUGGAGACAAAAAGGCUACAGUCUAUGAAGUUAUCUACUGAAAAAUAUGAUGGGGAUAUAACUUUUAGAAGUUGAACUGGGCCAAAAUUGUUCUUAAUGGUAGAAGUAGAAAGGUUUUGCCUUUUAAAAAGGAACAAAAGUAUUGAGGUUCCAGACCUUGCCAUGAACCUACUCCGAUUUUUCAAAAUAGAAGGCAACAUCCAGCAACUAAAUAUUUGCUACGUGGACCAAAUGGAGCACAGAGGCAAGAUGGACAGAUGUAGCCUAGGUUUUUGACAUAGUUUUUAAAAGCCGAGUCUACUGAAGAAUGUUGGAGCCUUUUAUUUUUUUUUUGUUUGUGACCUCAUGCAAGUUGUUCUCAUUGCCUGAUUAUGGGGGAUAAAUACUUUUCUGUUCCUUACAGUUCAAGUUGCAUUCUGUCCUGUGUAGAGCAGUGGUGUCUCAGAUGAACUUGUUUCCUGGUUUUGCAUCUUGUGAUAUGUUUUUGUAUUUUUGUUGAAGGUCAAGCAUUUGUAUAAACUGUAAAUAUCUUUAGUUUAUUACAGUAAAGGCUUUAGUACCAACAACUAGUCUUCCCCUCCCCGUCCUCUCCCUGCCUGCCCUGCUUAUUUAAAAUUUAAAACCUUUUGGGGAUAUAAGUACCUUUUUAGAAGCAAAAGCAAACACUAUGUAUAGUUUGAAAAUGGUGUCUUAUUCUUUAUAACUCUUCCUAGAUUCCUUU